AUGUAUGCUUUGCGCGAGCGACGCGCGCAGCAUGAAGAGAAGAUCAAGCAUUGCAAGAGCCUCGUUACCCUCGCGCGACGCAUGCCGCCGGAAGUCCUUGCUAAAAUCUUUUUACAUUGCGUCGAGGACGGGUGGACGCAUGGACCUCUUGUCUUGUCUAUGGUCUGCUCUUCGUGGAGAUACGCUGUUCGCAAUUAUCCGAGGGUCUGGUCGCAUAUCCACGUUAAUAUGGAGGAGCAUGACCCUAUAACGAGGACCCGCUAUUGGCUGUCCAUGGCUCGUCAAGCACCCCUACACGUCAACUUAAUAGCCAACAUAGAGACAUCCGAGCUGCCUAUUGUCCUGGAUAUUCUCCUGGAACAGGCUUCGAGAUGGCGGAGUUUCUCGGUCACCUCCGCCUCCCUCCGCAAGACAAACAAUAUUCUAUCUCAGUGUAAAUAUGUUAUGCCAGAUCUGAGGGAAGUCUCUAUCACGACUGACGUCGAGGUCGACGACGUGGUGGCAGCAGGCACCACAGAGCUGGACGGCUUCCGGGAAUCUUUUAGAGACGCUCCCCUCCUAAGGAAGUUGACACUGACUUCGAACGCACUACACACGACCGGGCUAAUACCGAUUCAGGUCGAAGAUCUUUCUAUUCAUCUACCGGAACCUCGCCGGAUUGACCUGCCCAUGUCCGGGUCCUCGAUUCUCCAUGUGCUUGAAGGCUUGCCCAACCUCAAGCAUUUUACACUGACGUUGCCUCCUCAUCAUGAACCUCAAUACAUACCGGAGCGCGACCUUGCGCGCCGAAUCUUCCUGGGCAAUCUUGAGUCCAUGUUACUGUGCGUUCCCCCCGAUGUUAAUGGUUUGAUGGUGCACAUCGUAGCACCCAAACUCCGGAGCCUACAAAUUCGAUCCAACCUCGACCCGUUAGUGCGCCCACAUGACUUGACCGGAGCAUCGCUACGCGAACUGCUGGAGCAAUCUGACCCGCCCAUAGAACUACUGGAACUGCACGACGUUGACCUGACGGACGACGACUACAUUCAUUGCUUACGCGUACUGGAUGACCUCAAGGAGCUUCGCUUGCACGAGAGCGAGAUUUCCGAUUCUGUCAUUCGACUUCUGCGAGGUCCCAGAGGGUAUUGCCCUCGUCUCACUCGACUGGACUUGAGAUGGUGCGGGCAAUUGACCGGUAGCACUCUGGUGGAGGUAGUCAGGAGCAGAUUGGCGGUGGAUGAUCAUCCAAGCCUCAAUAGUUCAGAGCCGAUCGCGGAGGUCGCCGUCAUGAACUGCUGCUUCGUGGAAGAACAAGAUGUGAUGGACUUGGCAAAGGUGACGGUGUGUCGACUUGUCCUCCGGGAAACAGAGGACUAUUGCAGAUCUAGGGGAUGUUGUACGAACGCGAGAUAUAGGCAGAGGCUUCGUUUGCGGCACAAUAUAGGAUUUGGAGGCACCGAUCACGUACAACUCUUACUAUGAUAGACGUUGCUGGUUGGACAAGUACCUCGAGCUUUGCUCAUUUGGAGGGUUAUCACAGGCCACAAUUAUCGGAAUAGAUGAGGCGGUGUGGG